AUGAGCGAGAUCACUCACCCCACCAUCAAGGAUGGCUGGUUCUCCGAGCAGUCCCGUAUGUGGCCCGGCCAGGCCAUGACCCUCAAGGUCAACCAGGUUCUGCACCACGAGAAGUCCAAGUACCAGGAUGUCCUCGUCUUCGAGAGCAGCGACUACGGCACCGUCCUCGUCCUGGACAACGCCAUCCAGUGCACCGAGCGCGACGAGUUCUCCUACCAGGAGAUGAUCGCCCACCUCGCCAUGAACUCCCACCCCAAUCCCAAGAAGGUCCUGGUUAUUGGCGGCGGCGACGGCGGUGUCCUCCGUGAGGUUGUCAAGCACGAGUGCGUCGAGGAGGCCACCCUCUGCGACAUUGAUGAGGCCGUCAUUCGCGUCUCCAAGAAGUACCUGCCCGGCAUGAGCAUUGGCUUCUCCCACCCCAAGUCCAAGGAGUACAUCGGUGACGGCUUCGAGUUCCUCAAGAACCACAAGAACGAGUUCGAUGUUAUCAUCACCGACUCUUCUGACCCCGAUGGUCCUGCCGAGACUCUCUUCCAGAAGCCCUACUUUGAGCUUCUCAACGAAGCCCUCACCGAGAACGGUGUCAUCACCACUCAAGGCGAGAACCUGUGGCUCCACCUCCCCCUCAUCGCCAACCUGAAGAAGGCCUGCAGCGAGGUCUUCCCCGUUGUCGAGUACGCCUACACCACCAUCCCCACCUACCCCUCUGGCCAGAUCGGUUUCAUGGUCUGCUGCAAAGACGCCAACCGCAACCUCCGCGAGCCCCUCCGCUCCUGGACCCGCGAGGAGGAGGAGAAGCUCUGCCGUUACUACAGCAAGGAUAUCCACCGCGCCAGCUUUGUUCUGCCCAACUUUGCCCGCAAGGUUCUGGGUAACUAA